AUGGGGGUGGAGACGUCGGGGCAGUGGUUGGAGAAGGCGUUGACGGAGCUGUGCCAGAAAAUUGAGACCGGUAUUCAAUUAGAUGGCGAAAUCAUAUCAGGUCUCGUUUCCUACUGUGAGAUGGCCCCUCCACUCGAUGCAAAGGAAUACCUUGAUAUCAUGCAUCUUUACAGGCUAUGUGCAUUAGGUGUUCCAUAUGAUGAGAUUGAGAGUAGUGGUUGGAUACUUGCAGAAAAUAUCAUUGGAGAGGAAGCUGGGAAGAGUGUAACCGAUGAGUACUUAAAACGAAGAGGUCACAAAAAUGUGUACGAUACAAGCAAAGACACUCCAACUUCCAGUUUACAUGCCUAUGUCAAACCACGUUCAGAUGAAAGUCCAUCUGUCACCUCUAAGAAAGUACAAAGAACACCAAAAGAGGUGAAGCCUUCCACAAGUCAGGACAAUCAAUCUAAAUAUGUGCCAGCGCAGUCCACAAAUGAAAAACCUGUGAAUCAAGGUAGUUCGAGAAAGAAAAAAUCUGGAAAAGUUAUUUCUCUGGCUGAGGCUGCGAAAGGAUCUAUUGUAUUUCAGAAGGGGAAGCCAUGCACAUGCCAAGCCCGCCGUCAUGGGUUGGUCAGCAAUUGUAUAUCUUGCGGAAAGAUAGUCUGUGAGCAGGAGGGCGAGGGGCCUUGCAAUUUUUGUGGUGCCCUUGUGCUGAGGGAGGGAAGCACAUAUGCUGGUUUGGAUGAAGGACUUAUGGUUUUAACCGAUGCUGAGGCAGCUGCAGAAGCAUAUGCUAAAAGGCUAGUUGAAUAUGACCGAAAUGCAGCAGCUCGUACAACGGUAAUAGAUGACCAGAGUGACUACUACGAGAUGGAAGGAAAUACCUGGCUCUCGAAUGAGGAGAAGGAACUUCUGAGAAAGAAAAGGGAGGAGAUAGAAGAAGCUGAACGAUCCAAGCGAAGUAAAGUAAUCAUGACCUUUGAUCUGCUCGGUCGCAAGGUACUUAUGAAUGAAGAUGAAGCUUCUGAAGAAAUGCAAAACAGUAUAUUACUUCGGCCGCAUGAAAAAGAAGAUAUCCGGAUCAAACCAAAUCCGCAUCUCAAAGUUCAACCAAUAUUCAUCGACCCAGGUCCUAGAAAAACUCCCAAGGAAAGAACUUUGAGCAAAGGCGUCAGCACCGGGUUGUGCUUGGAGAUAAGUGGGAGGGUACAGCAUGGACCAAAUGAACUAAAUGUUCUGUGA